AUGGAUUCCCUAUUUUAUUUGGGAUCAGUUCUAUCCACUCCAAAAUCUACUGCCACUCAGAGAGCAUUUCAUUCUGUCCUUCACUCGACUGAAGAUUCCCAACUUCCCUCUGCAGUGGCCAUCACUUCUCCCUUCGUCUACAUUGGCUUCGAUAUGGCACGCGUGCAGAAGUCGCGCCAUCUUGUGGUUCUUGACAGAUUACACCCUAUUGCCGAUGCUUGUUUGCGCCUCACAGGAAUAUUUUUCGCUGCUCCACCUGCAAUCGGUUUCCGAAACCACAUUUCGAAUGUCUCUGCCGAAAGCAGCAUAAGAAGCGGUUAUCCAUCAAAAGAGCCCGCUUCCAAUUGUUUUGCUAGCCUAUUUCAACGCAGUCGAAGAUACCUUUCUGAUGGAAUGAGGCAAAUUUGA